AAUAUAUUAUUAUAUGCAAAUUGAUUCUGUGGGCAGCCGAGGAAAUUGAGGCUGAAUCCUACAUCAAUGCUACGGAUUGAUUCCGUGAGCUGGCGUUGCGGGGUGCCAGCAAGUGCGAAGGAAAUAACUGCCAGGGGAAAUAAUUCGCCCGAAAAGGGGGAGUAAUGGAAUUUCCCUGAUAAGGGAGACAAUCAACUCCGCAAUAUUCUCUCCUUCUGCCUCUCGACGGUCGCUUGGCACGAAGUGGUUUGCUGGAAAAGUUGGAUUUCCGGGAGCAGGGUAAACUGAAAAGAAAAAAGAAAAAAUUGGACGCCUGAGAGAGAUUCGUGGAGACGCAAGGAAAGUGGAUGGACACGGCUUUGGUGGACUUCCGAGCCCGCUUUGGUAUCCCAACCCGUGUACAAACGAGCCACUUCUUGAACUUCCUGGAUCGCCGUCAUUUGAGAUAAAACCUUCAGAAAAUGUCCCUGAAACAAAUCCCAGAUGGGUCGGGAAACACCCUCACAGUUCUGGAGUAUGAAGGAAGACUCUAUCCAGAUUUUGACUUGAAAGCGAUCAAAGGUGCACUCACGUUCGAGGCAAGACCGGAUGAUGUAGUCGUCUGUGCCUAUCCUAAAUCUGGGACUCACUGGGUUUGGGAGAUGGUUCGACUCCUUUUAGCAGGGACAACAGAUGUGCCAGUGGUGGAGAAGGAUGAUGGUAUGAUAGAGUUCAUCCUUCCUGAGGAACUGGAGAAACUGCCAUCUCCGAGGGCCCUUAAUAUACAUUAUCCUUUUGAGUUUUUAUCGAAGAGCUUCUUCACCAAUCGUAGCAAGUUUGUCUACAUUUCACGCGACCCUCGAGAUGUAGCUGUGAGCUACUUCCACCAUCACAGGAAGCUUGUGCAGUACUAUAAGUACAAGGGACAGUGGCAAGACUAUCUUCCUCUCUUCCUGGAAGGGAACGUUGACUAUGAGUCCUGGUUCUCUUACACAAAGAGCUGGGAGGAAGGCAUCGCACAGAACCUAGACCAACCUAUUUAUGUCACAUCAUACGAAGCUAUGCAUGAGGACACACUGGGUCAACUCAGAAAAAUGGCGCAGUUCUUAGGCACCCGUCACGAUGACGAGUUUCUUCAGCAGGUCAUUGACAAAUGUAGCUUUGACAACAUGCGAGCGACAAAAGGGAAGAAUGAAGUUUUUGAGGGCUCCAACAGCCCGAUUAUGUAUCGGAAAGGUAAAGUCGGAGAUUGGAAGAACAACUUCACAGUGGCGCAAUCUGAGAGAUUUAAUGAGAUUUUUGAGAAGCAGAUGGCAGGGACAAAAGCUCACACACUUUAUUCACAACUCAACAAGAGAACAGCAUAGAGGAAGUGAAAGGUAGACCGGAUAGAUUAUUUUAGAUUUUACAAGUGAGAACUACAUAAGGACAGAGAUGGACUGAAUGGAAAAAACAUAGAUAUAUGAUAUCAUCACACUCGUAAGAUAAUUGCCAAAGUCAUUUUUGGCCAGUGUGAAGUUUUUGGAUCUGGAAUGAAGAGCAGAGCCAGCUGAGUAAUAUAGAUCACUUGGACAAAAGAAUAAUCCAAAUAUAAAAUCAUUUGAGUGUUCCAAAAUUCAAGAAUUUCACGGAGUCACUUAUUCGAAAACCUAUGAAUUUGAUGUAUCUGUGUUCAUAGGGCUAAAAUCUGAGAAGUAGCUCAUUUUUUCAGCCAGCCUCACAUUUCUGUUUGCCUGUUGUUUUCAGGUGAACACAAAAAUCUCCAACUGCUGAGCAGAGAACAAAAUGUAAUUUCCUUUUGAACUUUUAUAGGGUAGAAGAGGAUACUGAUGUUAUUGGGAAAAAAGGAAGCGUUAAAAAAUUUUGGUUUACGCUGAAAGUUCUGUUUUAUUUUGUGAGAGGAACACACAAAGUAAAGAAAGAGGAGAGAUAAAGAUGAUAGAUAUUUGAUAGGAGAGAAAGGGUAAACUACACCACAGCAUCCACCAACCACCACCAGUAAUGUUUUGGCAUGUAUAUGGGGGUUUUUUUCUGAUGGCUCAAGAUGAGUUCAAAAAUCAAAUCGUUUCUAAAUGGAAUUUCAGAUUGUCUGUCAAUCUUUUGUGUUCACAUUGUUGUGAGAAAACAGUGAAAUGUCUAAUAUUUGCUGACCAAUAUAUGUAUGCGCAGCCAUUUUUAAAAAAACAGUUUUCCAUACAUUAAAUUGAAGAUAGCAUUUUAUUUUUUUUAAUUUAUAACAUUUUUUAAAAAAUGUUUCGUCAUGCCAUGUAACGCCAGCAGUCUUCCAUUGUCAGCUUUCCACCAUCGCAGCCAAACUUGUCAUGAAGUUGUAAUGGAUGAUACAAAUAUAUUAAUUGAUGUAACCCAGAAAUGUCAACAUCAGCUUGACUUAUAACUCUAUCUUGCCCUUUUCUCUUCCAUUUCCUUUAUUUUGCAAAAAGAAUUCUGUUCGUUUUCUUCUGGAUAAAAGAGUACAAUGGAUUGUUAGAUUUAGAUUCUCAUUGCACGCAUUCAUAUAUAUAACGGUAACCUUAUGCAGUUGCGAGCACCGUAAAACUUUUACCAAACUAAACUAAAAGAUUUUUGCUGUGUAACAAGUAUAUGCUGUUACACUUUGCUUCAAAAAUAAAAAUAGCUAUAACAGGGAUAUAUAUAUACCUAUAUUUUUUUUUUCCAUCAUGAUGCUCUGGGCCACAGGGUAAUCUAGCUUGUGUAUAACCAUAACCAAAGCUUUUCCUCUUCACAGUCAUGCUUUUUUCCUAGACUGGUCUGAUAACAAAGCUAUUUUCUGUAAGACAAUUCGUGCAUGAUUGCUCAGUUUUUCUCAUGCCAUGCAUUAAUAUCUUGGUGCUGACUCUCCGACACUACUUCCAGAACCAACUGUAUUUUCAUACCUUGUAUUGACUUUACAGAAUACACGUUUUUUUUCUAUUUUUAAGAAAGGAAUUGCGUCUCCGGGAAGAAGGUAUGUCAAAGAAUGAUGUGUGGACAUUUGAUAGUUUUUCUGAGAUGGCAUAUAAUAGGGCCUACUGUAUUUUCUCAGGUCUUUAUAACAGACGUACUGAUUUUUUUGAUAAAUCUGGAUUAUUGAAGUACAUACUGUACUGGAUAACUGUUUAAUGUGUUCAUGUUUAUACAUUAAUUCAUUAAUCAAAGUAUUUUGAUCUCUUUGUGCGUGUCAUAUUGCACUUUGCAUAAAAAUGUCAUGUAUUUUCUGCGAGAAAAGAUGAUUUCUAAAUUUUUUGUCCAUUGUGCUCAUUUCCAUGAGGUCAGUGAAGUCAGGAUUAAAUUUUUUUUUUAUUGUUGCCAGUUGGUACCUCGACUGCUUUUUAGUAGUUCUUAACACAGGGCUGUUGUUAGGUCACUGUUUUUGUUCAUGAGUUCUUGUAUUCGAAACUGUCGAGUCCUCCCUCUGCUGCACUUGGUACAUCAUUAAUUAUGAUGUAUUUCCCCCAGUCCUCAUACAGUUUAACAUACACAUUAUGAAACAGAUUUUCAGGGCCUGAAUUAUUCUUAUACAUGUAUAUUCUUUGUUUGUAAAACAUACAUAAUAUACAUAUACAUAAGAAAUUUGUAAAUUAUGUAAAGAUUUCCACGCCCCACUGAUUUCGCUUUGUGUGUGCUAGACUGUAUGUAUAAUACAGGUCUUUGUAUAUAUACUUAGGCGUAGACGUAUAAGUAUUUUGACUUUAUUAUUUGAAAAUUGACAAGUCAGAGGAUGCUAUGAACCAAUUCUGCCUAGGAACCAGUUUAUUUUGCUCUGAAAGAUGACAGUGUUCCACUCAUAGUUACCAUGACCAGGUUUACACAGUCAUUUGAAAAAAUACACGACUUCUUGUUUGUAACUUUUGACGGAUUAAGAUACACCAAUUUACUUAUUUUUAUUUGUCUUUGUUGCAUUAAAAAUAUGAUAUGCAUCUGGCCACUAAUAAGCAACAUUUACUCUUCAUCUUUGCUAAUUAAUUGUAUUGAAAAGUUAUUAGGUGUCCUUUUCUCUUUCUCUCACUUCAGCCAUUUGUUUUCUACCAAAAUAGAGUAGGCUACUAUAUAGAUCCUAUUUAUUAUUAUCAUUCGUCAUUCAUAUAUUAAUUAUAAAUUUUUCACUAGUACAGUACAUGUAGGUAUGAGUUAAGUGUGCCAGACUGGUUUUCAUAGACUGACGUGUAGAUUUGUAGAUCUAUUGUUUGCUAAGGUGCGUGCAAAAAAAACCAAUUUAUUUCCAUGAAAAAUAAGUGCGCUAUUAAUUAUGUAAGUAUCGUAAGACAUGUCAACAAAAUCCAGUAUGGUCGCCGUAUCCAUGAAUUUUUUUUCUCUAAAAAUUGAUUGCGGAUUUUAAGACUCCUUACAAUGCUAGUUAUUAUAUGUGUGAAAUUUGGUAACAUUUGAUCCACUUAUAAGCGAGAUAGCUUUCGGCUGGGGUAAGACCAGUUGAAAAGUCUAUCAAUGAUAUGUCACAUCAUUGAUUUUUUUUUUUUUUAACAUAGACAAGAUAAUGCUUCCAUUUACUAGCGACUCUUAGUUAUAGUUAUAGUUAUAUAGACUUUCAUUUAUGUUCACUGCCAUGAGAAAUAUGAUUUACCUUACAUGUCUACUCAGUCUGUGAAUCAAUAACAUUGAAUGUACAAUUUUACAAAGUGUGGAUGGAAUGGAUGGGAUUACUAUGAAAUAAGUCUUUUCUCGUGAGGAUGUCAUUUUUAUGUUCGAUCCCAAUUCUCUUGCAAAAAUUUCAUCCUGCUACAGGGAUAUUCACUUAUCAAAUUUCUGUGUUCACAAAUUAUGCUUUUUUAAAAGAAACCAUAUAACAUUGUCAAUGAUACCGUUGUUUUAAAAAGUAUUAAAUGUGUUCAAAAUUGCA